AUGGCAAAUAGAAGUCUUUUAUCAACUGGUAUGAUGAUAAUUAGAGAAGAUUUAACCGAAUUUACGUUGGGCUUAUAUAAAGCAGCUCUUAAAAAAUUCAACUAUAAAUCUGUAUGGACUCAAGAUGGAAACUUAUUGAAGAAAUCCUAUAAAGAUUUAAGAAAAAGAGUUAAGUCGCUAGUCAAACAGGCUUAUGCUCAAUAUAUUAAAGGUGUAGAAGAUAAUUUAACAAAGGAUUCCAACAUCUUCUGGAAUUUUAUAAAUGGAAAAAAGAAAAAUAGAAAUAGCUCGAGUCAAUUUCUCAUUGAAGAUGAAUACACAUCUGAUAAAAAAAGUAUUUCUGAUGCUUUCGCUAAUUAUUUCUAUUCAGUUUAUGAUCUUAAUGAUGCAUCGUAUGACAUCACGUUAGCAAAGAAUAAUUUAGAUAAUUCAACUAUUAAUUUAAGUCACAUGAACGAUGUUCAUGUUGGUGUGAAGGAUCUAGAAGAUGCCUUUAAAAAACUAAAACCCAAAAAAUCAUCUGGACCAGAUGGGCAUUUGAAUGUGAAGACGGUCACAUAUGUUGUAUUAGACGAAGCAGAUCGCAUGUUAGAUAUGGGAUUUGAACCACAGAUUCGCAAAGUUAUGUAUGCGAUCAGACCAACCAGACAGACUGUAAUGACGAGCGCCACAUGGCCUCCGGGGGUGAGGCGGCUAGCUGAUUCCUACAUGAAUGAUCCCAUUCAAGUUUAUGUGGGCAGUUUAGAUUUAGCAGCUACACACACCGUUACUCAGAUCAUCGAAAUGAUGCCAGAUGAUGAUGAAAUCAAAUUGCAAACUUUGAUGGAUUUUGUCCGCAAUAUGAGUCCAGAUCAAAAAAUGAUCGUUUUCUGUGGAAAAAAAUCACGUGCCGACGAGAUAUCUUCAGAAUUAGUACUUGCUGGCAUAGAUUGCCAAUCCAUACAUGGCAAUAGAGAACAAAGCGAUAGAGAACAAGCACUGAUAGAUAUCGCUAACGGCACUGUUAAAAUUCUUAUAGCGACUGAUGUAGCAUCUAGAGGAUUGGAUAUAGAUGAUAUUAC